AUGCAGACACCGCUCGAAGUCCUCAUCCAAGUAGCUCGUGAAGAGCCUGAUUUGACAUUCCUCAAAGCCGGCAACAGGACUAUAUCCUACUCGCAAGCUUGGCAGUUGAUUCGGCAGAUAGCACAAUUGUUGAUCAAUUGCAAUACUUCCCAUUCCGACAACAUCAAGGAUGGAGAGAGGAUAUCGUCCACCAACAAGAUCAUGCGGGUUUACGGGAUGCAUGUAACCGCAGAGAUUGACUUUGUCUUGGGUGUCUAUGCCAUAUGGUUGAUUGGAGGCACAGCAUGUGUUUUUAACAAGGAUUGGAGCUCCUCCACACGGAAGGCACUUGCAGAAAGACUUGAUAUCCAUGUCAUGGUGUAUUCGGCUCUGGGAACCCCAGUUGAUAUGCCCGGAGUGUUGUCUGUCGACAUUUCUCAAGUCUCCCAACAGACGUACAAUGAAUCUGUUGAUAUGAUCCCGCUGUAUGCUUGGAUCACUCAUACAUCUGGAACUACAGGAAUCCCGAAAUCAACCGUCAUCAAAAUGAAGACAAUCGCACACGGUGCUCCAUUAUCUAUACCUGCAUUUGCUCUAAAGCAAUACGCCCUACGUGACCUGGCAUCAGCACCCACAUUUUUAUACGCAACGUCAACUGUAUCUAAUGCUCCAUAUGUACGAUCAACUCUGUUGUUACCUCCACCUGAUGCAGCCAUGGAAACCACUCCUUCGGAAGGUUAUAUAAAGUCAUUAGAUGCUGGUGUACGAAACGUGCACAUCACUCCUAGCAUACUGACACUAGUACGAGAUGCCAUCGAUGGAUCUCGAGUAUUCGAUAAUGUAGAUAUAGUCACUCUGGCGGGUGAAAUGGUGACCUCUGCUGCUUUAAUUGCGGCUAGGAGUCUGUUUCCAAAGGCCACUAUACGAGCCAAAUGGUCACAGACUGAACUUAUGUGGGUUUCAUUUGUAACUGAAUUCGCACCUACAACUGUCCUUACGGCCGAUACAGCCAUCGAGUAUACACCUGUAAGCGGCCAAGUAGAAGAAGUCAUCUUGCUAGAUGAAGAUGGUAACGAGCUACCUAAAAUCCACGGCACAAGAGCCAUCUUGGCCAUUGUCUCUCCUGGUUUAAUGGCUACCGGAUACUAUGGUGCUCUCAACUCAUCAACCUCAGAAUCAUUCAAAAAGACGCACGACGGUCGAACCAUGCUAGUCUUGCAUGACUACGUAGAAUAUCGCGAAGGUGGUAAAUUGGUUCCCAAGGGUCGUAGUAACCGUCGUGUUAAACUCAAUGGACUGUAUGUGGAUUUGGAAUACUUGGAUCAGCUACUACAAAAGGAGUUAGGCAAUCUCGUAUCGGAUGUAGCGGUUAUGAAAUCAUCCACGUCGAAUAUGCUUGUGCUGUUGUAUACGUCACCACAUAGUAAUGGUCCACGAGAUUCCAGUAGCAGUGCUUCUGAUACAACGACACUUGCAAUGUCCCACUUAGUGAGUGGUGAUGCCGUGGAUAUAGUAUUGGUACAGGCUCGACAAGCAAUCCAACAAGCUGGGGUAACCAAUGCCUACAUACACAUCAGCAAACACAUGGACGCAUUCCCAAUGACAGUCUCAUAUAAACGCCAUCUCGCCAAACUGCAGAAAGUAGCCGACCAAGUAAUUGACGACUCGAUGGAAGCAUCCGGCACAGAACUAGACACAAACGACGCUCUAGCACACGACAUCUCUCAAUUCUGCGCCACAUUAAUCGGAAAUUCUCGUUUACGUGGUAACGAUUUCGACCUCCUCCAAGCUGGAUUUACCUCAUUCAGUGUCAUGAGACUUGUAUUCUACUUGCGCAACAAACAUCAAUAUCGCACUGAUGCUAUGAUGCUGCUGGAACCUGACACGAAACCUAGCACUAUUGCCAAAGCUAUUCGAGAUGCACAGAACGCUGAUGAAAGCAAAGAAUUCACUACUGGUUCAGUCUAUGAGGUGCCGCAGACUGCACAGCGAUGUGUGGCUGUUUAUAUCGAUCAAGAGAUCCCGAUACCUCUUGCUGGUGCGAUCAUCAACCAUUAUCGUCGUCGAAUCAUUUAUGAAUUCAAUAUUCAGUUCAUCUACCGAUUCCAACCGGACAUAACAAAGUCGAUUGACAUCCCACGAUUGGACAAGGCAUGCGAGUUGCUCUGUCAAAAGCAUCCAGUCCUCCGGAGUCGUCAACUCUACGGCGGCGUAUUCGGCCUCCCACAAGUAAUCGCCCAAAAUUUCGGAAGCAUGACCAACUAUGCCGUGAUUCAAGCCAAAGGACACAAAAUCAUCACAGUAUCUGAAAAAGUCAUGUUUGAUCACACCAAGCUGCAAAGAAUCUUAAAGUAUGACUUGUCGAGAUUGAAUACCAUGUUGGUGGUGGUUGUAUGUCCCACAGUUAGUUUCGCAUACUUGGGGAUGUCACAUAUGGUGUUUGAGUUGGAGACUCAUCGGUUGUAUAAGGAGCAUUUGAAGAUGCUUUAUGAGGAUUUGGAUCGUAAGGACAUUCCAGUACAUCGUAUCCUAACCCGUAAAUUGAUGACGGAGGAAUCUACACGUCGCCUACCAACUCUACCAAACGACAUCCCCAUCUUCAAAAUGCGUGGUCUAAUCCCACCCCAAAUAUCCGUAAACUACUUUACACUCGAGGCCCGUCUCGCACACCCAGAAACGAUGAUUGGAGCUUUCGCAACCGGCCUCCUCCAAAUCCUACGUCCAGCCAGCACACUCCCAGACUCUGAAACAAUCGGCUUCUGCUCUCUCCUCGGCGUAAUUAAACCAGGAUACAGCGGUAACGGACUCGCCGAAACAUACCAUAUCUUGAAUAUCCCAUUCCGUGAUUUGACGCUAGAUGAAGCACUGCAAUCCUUCUCGGAACGCAAGACGUAUUUUGUGCCAGAUAGGAAUAUCAACAAGUAUAGGUCACAUGUGUUUUUGAAUAUGCGGACUCAUGAUGGUGAGCAUCAUCCGAGGGAUCAGCAUGUGAGGGAUAUAUCACAGGCUACGUGGCCUAGUAGUCAGGGGAUGGUGUGGGCGCAUUUUGAUAUUUUUCCUAAUGAGGGACGGAUUUCUGCUACGAUUAUGAAGUCGAGGUGGAUUAAGAAGGAUGUUAGAGAUACGCUGGUUGGACGGUAUUUGGAUGUUUUGGAAUCGUGGGGUAUACGGGCUGAAGCUGUUGUAGCAGAGGGACUUCCUAUAUCAUAA